GAAAAGAAGAUCACAUGAUCGAUCAACUUUUAAUUUGCCUGGUUUGUCCUGCUGUAAUUUUGCUUAUUAACACUUGUCCACCGCUAUGCAUGUUAAAUAAUUGCUGUACUUGAUCGAGGCACGGUAAAUGAAAUAAAAUGCCUAAGGUUAACCAAUGGCAUAUGCUGGUGGAGGCUCUUUUCAUUGCUGUUCUGAUAUCCACUAGCUUGAUUAAAGGUGCGGCAGGCAAGCCCCCUCAUAUUGUUUUCAUCGUGGCUGAUGACUAUGGAUGGUUUGACAUCGGAUAUCACAAUUCUACAAUCAAGACACCUAUCUUGGACCAACUGGCCAGCCAAGGGGUCAAGCUGGAAAACUACUAUGUUCAGCCCAUCUGUUCACCGAGCAGGAGCCAGCUGAUGACUGGUAGAUACCAGAUCCAUACGGGUCUUCAACAUUUUGUCAUCAUCGCUCCUCAACCCAACAGCCUACCCCUCAAUGAGACGACACUACCCCAGAAGCUUAAGGAGAGUGGCUAUGCCACGCACCUGGUGGGAAAGUGGCAUCUCGGCUUCUACAAGAAUGAAUGCAUGCCUCUCCAACGUGGCUUUGAUUCUUCAUUUGGUUACCUAAGUGGCAUGCAAGACUACUGGACCCACUUCCGCUCCGGGCCAUUCCCUUGGUUUGAAGCAGGAGACCACUGGCUUGGUAUUGACUAUUGGGACAACAACCGAGUGGCGUGGGAGUACACUGGGAUCUACUCGCAGUUUGUUUUCACUGAAAGAGCUCAAAGAGUGAUCCAGCAGCAUAACCCAAAUCAGCCUCUUUUCCUGUACCUACCGCUUCAGUCUGUCCAUGGGCCCCUGCAGGUCCCUGAUAAGUACAAGAAACCCUACGCUCAUUUCAACAAUGCAAACAGGGAGACAUAUGCAGGGAUGGUAGCCACGAUGGAUGAAGCCGUUGGGAAGAUCGUGGACUCCUUGAAAGAGACUGGACUUUGGGAAGAUACUGUUCUUGUGUUUACCACAGAUAACGGCGGAGACCCGGGCGUGGCCGGUAUCAACUGGCCCCUGAGGGGAACUAAGAACAGUCUCUGGGAGGGUGGUGUCCAUGGCACUGGGUUCAUUACAGGACCGAUGAUACCUGCAAGAAUGCAAGGCACUGUCAACAAAGACUUAAUGCACAUCAGUGACUGGUUCCCAACGCUUAUAGAGGGUGUCGCCGGGGGGAGCACAGCCGGCCUGGCUCUUGACAGCUAUAACAUGUGGGACUCUAUCACGAAGGGAGGACCUUCCCCGAGGAAAGAACUCCUUCACAACAUUGAUCCCUUGAUCCGGGCUGACCAUGCAAUGGGCUACGGCACUGAUGAAGAAACCAGCCUGAUAUAUCCACUGUCUGGCGUCUACCCCAAGAUGGCAGCAAACUUCUCAACAACUAUGAGAGCGGCCAUCAGAAUGGGGGAUUGGAAGCUCCUUACUGGCUUACCAGGAAGAAACGGCUGGUUUCCACCCCCGGAGUGGAAUAUUAAAGCCUAUACCCCAGUGGACCCUCCUCAUAAAUUGACAUGGCUUUUCAACAUAGCUGCUGACCCUAACGAGAAGAACGACCUGUCAGAUCAACAUCCCGAGGUCGUUGCAGAGCUUGUUUGUCGUUUAGAAGCGUAUUACCAGACAUCAGUACCUGUCAGGUUUCCUGAUCAGACUGUUAAAGCCAACCCAGCAUCACACCAUGGUGUCUGGGGGCCAUGGGAAUAACUGGAUCCAAUAAGUGCUUGUAAUGUGCUCUACUAACAGGGGAUGCAGAACGGUGGGGCGUGGUUGCGGGGGGCUUCAGCCCUCCCCCAAAAAAAGAAAAAAAUAUAUAAAUUUUGAUGAAUGUGUAUAAAAACGUUAAAAUGUUCAAAAUGAACAUUUGAUUGUGAUUUUUACAUGGUCAACCCCCCCCCCCCUUUAAAAAUGUUCUGCGGCCCCCACUAACAUGAGGGCCUGUUUAAUAUUGCUUAAGAUUAUGGUAACUUAUGAUUGUAUCCACCACCUUCAAAUCCUUGAUUGUGAUUGGCUGCUCUGGCAUGUUUCCAUGGUAAUACCAUAAUCGCAAAGUAACCGUUAGUCCUCUAUGAAACAGGUCCAAGUACUUGAUUAAUUGGGAGGGAGAUUGACAUCAACCUGCAAGUUGAUUUAAUCGAUUCUCUUUAACACAUUGGCAAUUAAUAAGUCUUUCAUUAUCAAUUUUUGUACAUUAUAUUGUAUUGUAAUCUCAAAGCACAAAUUAUGUCAUUAUAUCAUUAAGGUGAACAGGGUUUUCUGUGUUAGAAUAGGAAAAUAUUAUAUACAAGUAUGUUGAUGUCUUACAAGUAAGAAGUCAGAGAACUGAAAUAAUACAUAUGGAUGGUUUGAGGGAGUGUUUAAAAACCCAAAGGUGUGAGAGUUCAGAUUUAAAGGCCGAUUUCAGCAUUUUUGUUUUAUUUUCAGAUCGUUGUUAGUUUCCUCUGUAAAGAAAGUAGAAGAGCUUUUCCAAAUUCAGCUGCUUUUUCAAACCCUGUAUUUGUUGUCACAGCCCUGCAAAUUGUAGGGCUGUUUUUUUAUUUGAAAUAAAACCGUAAAAUUUCUUUCCUCCUGGAAGAAAUUGCUAUUUUAUAUAGAAAAAAAUAUUACUAAACAUUGUGAACAGAUAGUG